CUCUCUCUCUCUCUCUCCCGCAGAUUCCUCAGCUCCACCCGGGCAUGUGGGAAGGCCCCACCAUGUUCCAGGGCAUGGGAAGCCCCUUCUUCUCCCACCUGGAGGGCAGCCGAAUUCUCUCCGGCUCGAGGGACUGCGUCCAGCCCCAGCGGCCGGCGGCGGGCGCCGAGCGGGAUCUGUCGGACCGGGCCCCCCCGCCGAGAUCGUCCUCCCCGGUGAUCGGCUCCCCGCCGGUGCGGACGGCCCCCAUCGGGACCCCGCCCAAGCAGCACGGCCCCUUCCUCCUGGGGCAGCAGCCCUCCAUCCUGUGCCCCACCCCUGUCCACGUGCGGGCUCCGAUCCACCAGCGAUUCUCCGCGCCCGUCGCGGACCGGCGCUCUCCGACGCAGCUGCUCCAUGUGAUGAACUCAUCACUCCGGUCCCGCCACUCGCAAGGCAACGUCUCAUCAGCCCUGAACCCCCUUCUCCUCGGUGCUGGCCAGGCCGGCAGGAUGUCUCCCAGCCACCUGGGCCGGGCCCCCACGUUGGCGGGGGCUCAGCUGUCGGCCCUGCCGGGCGGGCUCCUCCCGGGCCCAGGGGGAAUGCUGAUCCCGCCGGCCGCUGGCUUCCGGCCCUUCUUCGCCGGCGCGGGGGCUGGCCGACUCCAGGAGCUGAGGUCCGCGCAGCCGAUGGCCCGUGCCGCCACCACCCACCUCCACCCCCAACACCGCCGCCUUCUCAGCCAGAGGUUGCAGAUGCAGAACGCCAGGGGGCACCCCCGGGGGCAGGGCGGCCCCGGAGGCGAGCGGCCCGGCAGGGGCUGCCACCCGGAGCCCAGGGACCCGUACAGCAACCUGAUGAGCCAGCGGGAGAAGGACUGGGUCAGCAAGAUCCAGAUGAUGCAGCUGCAGAGCGCUGACCCCUCCCUCGACGACUACUACUACCAGGUAGGCCCGGUGGGUGUGGAGGCCGGCUUGCGGCCCGCGUCCCGGGAGCAUCAGGGGCGAUGGCUCCCUUCGGCCCGUCUACCCGGUGCCGACCCGGUAGCCAGGACUGUGAGGCUCCCGCGUGCCCGAGCCUCGGGCUCGUAA